AUGGAAACAUUAGAGGAAGCCCAGCUCUGCUUUCCAGCAGUCAACAACUCCUGCAAGAAGUCAACAGGCUCUCACUUGGAGGCCGCAAUAACUCACACCCUGCUCUCCCUCAUCUCUCUGCUCACUGUGGUUCUGAACCUGGUGGUCAUCAUCGCCAUCUCCCACUUCAGGCAGCUCCACACCACCACCAACCUCCUGCUCCUCUCUCUGGCUAUCGCAGACUUUCUUGUGGGUUUUCUACCGAUGCCUCUUCAUAUCUUCCAGUAUGGAGACUGUUGGCUCCUGGGUGACUUUGGAUGUGCUGUGAUUUGCACUUUUAGCUUCUUCAUCGUCAGUGUGUCAGCAGGAAACAUGGUUCUCAUAUCAGUUGACCGCUAUGUGGCUAUUUGUGACCCCAUGUUGUAUCCUACAAAAGUCACUAAGAAAAGAGUUCAGUUCAGCAUUUAUCUGUGUUGGAUAUUUUCUGCUGUUCACACUUUUUGGAUACUGAGAGAUUUCCUCCAACAACCAGGCAGGCUCGUGCCAUGA